AUGGACUUGUUUAAGAUACUGGACACAGUUCCAGAGCCUGCCAUCGUGGACCCUCGAACGAUGGGAGUCUCUGGCGACGUCUCUGGCGAUUACUGGCUGCCAGCACCAAUGUGUCUUUAUCAAAAAGAGUUGAGCGAACAGAUUGUUUCGUUACACUAUUCGGACAUUCUGAAAUACUACGAAACAGAAGACUAUAAUACAGAUGUGGUGUUGCAUUCUAUGGAAACAAUGUGUCUAAACAGCCAGUAUGUCGCGACACACCCGUAUCUGCUGAUCGACCAUGGUGUGCCCAAAUCGUUGAUAACCAAGGAUAUUCCAAACCAUCUGGCUGAGACGAGCGGUAAGUUUGGAGUUAUCAAGGAUUUGAUCGGUAUAAUCCAGGACUAUCAAACCGAAACGGCGUUAGUGUGUCGUUCCGGAAGAACGAUGGAUCUGCUGGAGGCUCUUCUUCUGGGCAAUAAGGUCAAUAUCAAACGCUACUCAGGACAAGGCAUCAAGAUCAAGCAGAAGCCUAAAAAACACUCUUGCACAUGCCAUCUUUUCCCGUCAGAUGCGCUUCCAGAAAAUUCAUCCACUUUCGUCAUCGACCCUACCAUACACUUUGAUCUUUUGUUGUGCUUGGAUCCAUCUGUUGACAUUUCAAGGCCACAUGUACAGCAAAUUCUCACCCAGAACAGACCCCUGGAAGGUCCCGAACAAAAAGUUCCGGUGGUGCGACUCACAACCAUAAAUUCUAUCGACCAUUGUGAACUCUACUAUGGCAAGUUUGUGAAGCCUGGAAGCAGAGAUUAUUUAGUUAAAGUUACUGCAGCAGUGGUGGCUCUCCGUGAUGUUGUCGGAAGCUUGCCACCGGACCUCCGUCCAAUUUACUCUCAGGGACUAAAAUAUAUGCGUGCAUGGCUCGAAGAUCCUAGUAUACCAUGGCCUUUACCAGACAUAUACCCAAUAAAGGCUUACACUCCUAUGGAUGUUGAGAAGUCCUUGCUCACUGAAGUUCACUACAAUCAGGUUGACGACGUUCUAGCACAGGCUCUGAAAAGUGGCCGCAAACGUGGCCGCAAACCUAAUUCGGCCUUCCCAAAGGAUACACAGAGCCCGUCAUACUACCAGUUAAAAAGACUAAGAAACGACUAUUCUACAAAUUCCUUAAAGCAAGAUAUGGCUCAGCUCACUGGCAUUGCGAACGCUAAGAAUGGCGGCGCUGUGAAUUACCAUCUUUCAGGUGGUCAUCUUACCCAUAAGCUCAUCCAAGCCAUUGGCGAAUCGCAUUACAAGUUACGGAGGCAAAGUGCUGAGCUUAACGAUUUUUACGAUGCAGAGACCAAGCAAGCUAAUCGCAUGAAGACUAAUCAAGAAGAACAUGAUGACAUCAAAGCUAAGGCGCACGAUGCGAUGAAAGUUCACGCGAUGAAUAUACAAGAAAGUGCAAGGCUGAUAAGCCAUACUGAGGGCGUUAAUUUCGAGAUUAGUGAUGUCGAAAAGGAAAUCGAGAAUCUUCUCAAAAGCGCGCGAGAAAGGGGAUCAGAGCAUACCAUCUUGGUGGAUCUUCUGAUUCAACAUGUCAAGGUUCGAGAGGAGUCGGAGGAGCAGAAAAAGGCAGCAGAAUCCAAAAUGGCUGAACAAAAAUACAUGACAGAAGAGCUCACACGGGCGGAAGAAGCCAUCAAAUCUUUUCAGAAAGACGAAGAAGAACUUCUGCGAGAAACAAAUGAGCUUGAGCGACAAAUCGAAAUCAAGAUCAGAGAAGAUCAAUCACAAUCCCAAAAAGCGCUUGAUAGAAUUCAAAGCUUAACAUCACAGAUCCAUGAUGAGAAAGCUGUUCUCAAAAGUGUUGAAGAGCAGAUGGAGACACUUACCGAGCACCUCAAGAAAAUUCCAUAUUCAAGAGUCCGGUCCACAAAACCGGUGCAUGCCCCCAAGCAAAGGCACCAGUAUAAUUCAUGA